CCUAUCGUUAUGACAGGAUCCUAAUGUCCCCCUACCUCCAAAUACCCUUGCACUUUAGGAAGGUUGGGAGCUAGUGCCGAGCAUCACGGCUCCAGCCUGUCUCUGCAUUUGACAAUGCUCCUGAGCCCCUCCCCGGUUCUUCCCCUGCAGCCCACACGGGCCCCGUUGGCCCUGAGAACGCAGGGUUGUUUUCCACCCCAGGGGUGCCUGAAACCACAAUUGCCAUCUGGGUUUGGCAGCCUCGCGCUCAGACGGAUGGGCUCCAAAUAGAUCUGGCAGCAGGGCCAGGCCCCUCCCCGCCUGUGGUCGAAGCUGGAGGGGCGGGAUGAGCGGGGAUGUGGCCCUUUACCCAGACAGACCAGGGUUAGCAGCAGGGUAUAAAUGGUGGCCUGUGAGCCACGGGCUACAACAGGCAUCAGCAGAGCAUCCUACAAGAGCUAGACAAGAGCAACCAGAGAAACCGGCUGCCACCAUGAAGACCCUCACCCUGGUGACUUUGCUGGCACUGGUAACCCUGUGCCUGUGCCGUGGAGGCUCGGAUCAUUCCAACAGCGCUAACGACUCACCCAGCUCUGAAGCGUUCGUCUCCAAACAGGACAGCGCCGAGGUGGUGAGGAGAAACAAGCGGAACUACGUCUACAGCAGCUUCUAUGAUCUCAUCCACGACCCUCUGGAGGGCAAGCGUGAGAUCUGCGAGCUCAACCCCGACUGCGACGAGUUGGCUGAUCACAUUGGCUUCCAGGAGGCUUACAGACGAUACUAUGGGCCCGUCUAGAGCUUCCUGGCCCAGAGAUCCACCCGAGUCAAUCACAGCGCCGGGGAGAGAGAAAGACCACAGCAGGGAGCAGAGAGAUCUUCUGUCCCAGGCUGAUGUUUGUAACUGUGUGUUAAACGUACAAGCUUUAUGUUCCCUAAGCUACCAGGCCAGCCCUGCUCCUUGUACUGAGCCCAGAGCACUUGCGCUUGUAUCUAUAACGCCAUACUGGCUGUUUCCUUUACAGGCCAGGUGCAUAGCGCUGUUUUUAUGCUAUGGAAUGUUUCUUUAAUGAUGUCUGAGAAAAUAAACUUGAGGAACAGCGCUGCUGUCUGAGUUAUUGGGCUGAACGAAGACAAGAGGGAUGGGCCAGCGGAUUGGGGUGCUAUGGUGGGACUUGGGAGCCCGGCGUUCAAUUGCCAGCUCUGUGCAACCCCUUUGUGCCUCAGUUUCCCCAUCUUUA